AUGAGGUCUCUCGAAGAGAAGGUCAUCGCCGUAACCGGGGCGGCAGGAGGUAUCAGCUCAGCGACAGCAGCUCUCUUGGCCUCUAGAGGGGCUAGCCUCUCCUUGGCCGACACGGACAUCAAGGCUCUAGGCCACUUGGCCGAAGAGAUUCGUUCAAAAUACAAGAGUGACGUGAUAACGACAAAAGUUGAUAUCUCAAACUCGGAACAGGUCAACGACUGGAUUUCCUCGACUAUACAACACUUCUCCAAACUAUCCGGGGCUGUAAACUUGGCUGGAACGAUCGGUAGUGAGUUUGGGCUGAAAUCAGCUCGCGAAGUCUCUGAUGCUGACUUCGACCACGUCAUGGCGAUUAAUGUGAGAGGGCUCAUGGCAUGUCAGCGUGCCCAACUGCGGUCAAUAGAGGAUGGGGGCUCCAUUGUCAACGCAGCCAGUGUCUCGGGCAAGAUGGGUAUCCCGAAAGCUCUAUCAUACGUCGCCAGUAAGCAUGCCGUUAUCGGGUUGACCAGAGUCGCUGCAGCUGAGAAUGGCUAUCGCCAUGUCAGGGUGAACGCAAUUGCACCCGGAGCCAUCGACACUAAGAUGCUCGAUAUAGCGAAAGAGGCGGGAGGUGCGGUCAGUGGGGAAGGAAUGUCCCCGAUCAACCGUAUGGGCACGCCACUAGAAGUUGCAAAGUUGAUUGCCUACCUCUUGAGCGACGAUGCUGCCUACACGACGGGGGCGGUCUACACCAUUGAUGGCGGAAUGACUCCAUAG